CGAAGAUUGUGACGUCAUUAUUUAUAAAUUUUACUCAUUUUCACCUGAUUUUGUACAUUUUACAUUAACAACUGGAUUUUGACAUAUUAGGAUCACCAAGAUGAGCAAGAUGGAUGAUACCCUAUUCCAGUUGAAGUUCACAGGCAAACAGUUGGAGCGGUUAGCCAAAAGGGCAGAAAAAGACCAGAAGAAAGAACAAGCAAAAGUAAAAAAGGCAAUAGCAUCAAAGAACAUUGAGACAGCUCGUAUCUAUGCAGAGAACGCAAUUCGCAAGAAAAAUGAGGGUUUGAAUUACCUACGUAUGGCUGGCAGAGUGGAUGCUGUAGCUUCUAGGGUACAAACUGCUGUUACAAUGAAACAAGUAACCAAGGACAUAAGUUCAGUGAGCAAGGCCUUAGAUAAAGCAAUGUCAUCUAUGGAUCUAGAGAAAGUAUCUAAAGUCAUGGAGAAAUUUGAGACACAGUUUGAAGACCUAGAUGUUAGAACUUCCGUAUUGGAAGAUGCAAUGGGAACAGCUACCACACUUUCCACACCCCAAGACCAAGUAGAGUCCCUUAUAAAAGAGGUGGCUGCAGAGAAUGACUUAGACAUUAGUGACCAGUUAGCAGAUCUUAACCCUAGUACUGCAUCUAUACGAUCAGAGGCCGAAGCUGAAAACAAGAAACAAGAUGACUUAAGUAGAAGACUAGCUGCCCUGCGGUCCUAGUAAAUGCUCUAGUGAUGAUGAUGGUUGCCAGGAGACGAUAUAGAUGUAAAAAUGGUGCUUAAAACUUUGUAAGGUUGAAAUAGAUGAUAAACUUUAAACUGUGAUAUACAUAAGAGGUUCAUUCAAGUUAGUGAAGUGCCCGUUCUUGAAAAAUAUCAUUCAAAGAAGACUGGCAUAUAAAAGAGGCCUCAAAAAUAUUGUCACCAAAUGUAAUUUGUUUUACACAGAUACAGUAGUAGAGGAUGCAUUUGUGAUUAGUUAAACCAUAAUCAAAGGAUGAGGACUGUUUGAACUUAUUCAAAUGGAUUUGAUUUAUCAAACCUGAUUGAACAUCUGAAUGUGACAAUGGGACAUACAUAUACAAGUAUAAAAUUACAAAAUAUUAUUUCUUUUCACAACCUUUAUUUUAC